UCUAUGGUUUGAGUUCAAGUUGAGUUUGAGUCGGGUUUGACUUUUGUUAUUGUCUUUUCCCAAUGCUGCGCGCCACUGUAAUCGCCGUUGCAUCUCACCAUCAUCUAUUGCAAUGAUGCGGCAACCACGAAGGUCGCCCCAUGAUUCGUACGAAACUGAGACGACAGAUCACCAAACAGAAACAGAAACCAUACUACUCAAGCACCUCCCACUUAGCCCAGACUCGCCUUCCCCGUUGCAGAGGGAUUCACAUCUACAGUUCUUGAUUCGAAAUCUAAUACAAGGCUUUCCAUCCCGCUACAUCAGUCAAGACGCAAGCCAACCAUGGCUGCUCUACUGGACGCUCCAAAGCUUCAGCGUCAUGGGUGUAGCGCUAGAUCCGAACAAUAAACAAAAGGCCAUCGACACUAUUAUGGCAUGGCAGCAUCCAGAUGGCGGUUUUGGAGGUGGGCCGGGGCAGGCUGCCCAUUUGCUGCCCACGUAUGCAGCGGUUUGCGCGCUGGCGAUCGUUGGAAGGCCUGGGCCGGGGGGAGGAUGGGAUCAGAUUGACCGGGAGAAGAUGUAUAAGUUUUUCAUGUCCAUCAAGCAAUCUGAUGGGGCGUUCCUCGUGGCACACCAUGCAGAAGUGGAUGUUCGUGGUACAUAUUGCCUCCUCGUGACAGUACAUUUACUGAACAUGCUGACGCCGGAGCUUUUGGAGGGCAUCCCUGGCUUCAUUAUGUCAUGUCAGACCUACGAAGGAGGCUUCUCAUCUGCGUCGCAGCCAUAUUUCUCUGCCGAGCCAGAGGGCCCGAUCCUACUCGAUUCUCCGCGUCCGCCUCUCGGCGAGGCUCACGGCGGGUACACUUUCUGCUCUCUAGCGUCAUGGGUCAUGCUUCAACCGUACCUUGCUCUGCAAAAGCCUUCGCUCCAGCGGCCAUCUCUAAAUUUCAAGACGCUGCUGCGAUGGCUGGUGCAGAUGCAAGGCUCGGAGAUCGAGCUUGGUGGUUUCAAGGGCCGUACUAAUAAGCUCGUGGAUGGGUGUUAUUCCUGGUGGGUUGGAGGCUGCUUUGCAUUGUUGUCUUCGCUUGGCAUCGUUGGUGCGCAUGGCCGUGAUGAUAACCGUGAAUCUUCUACUGCCCAUGAAGAGGACGAAUCUUGGGAUGAUAUCGAUGAUUCUUUAUGGGAUCGUGCUGCCCUACAGCGCUACAUCCUAUGCGCCGGCCAACAUCCAGCAGGAGGCCUGCGCGAUAAACCUCCAAAGGCCGCGGAUUCAUACCACACACUAUAUUGUCUAGCAGGACUAUCCGCGGCUCAGCAUAAUGUUUUCCUGUCAUCUACUCGACUGGAUGCCAUUGUUCACGGUUGGAGGACCCCGGCUGAGUGCAAGCACGAGCAACUUCGUCAAGCGUGCUUCUCGCACUCUCUUUCAUGGACAGAGGAGGAGGGUACAUCUCGUGUACUUGGAGCGCAAAAUAACCGGAUGAAUGCGACACAUCCGGUAUUCAACCUAACGAUGACACACACGGAGGCUAUGAUGGCGCAUUUCUACAAACAAACGAUUCCUUCACGGCCCAAGAAAACUUGAAAGGCGAUUGACGACAGGUCAACACAGGAUCGUGUGGCGCAGGGUAUCAUGUGGUGUAAGAUAUCAUCAAGGAAUGAGUACUGAGUACUGAGUCAUAUACGAUCUGUAUCUGAAACUUUAAAGUUAAAACAACGAAUGACAAAAUUGCAAAGCUC